AUGGCUGCGGCGGGCGCCGGCGGCGCGAGCCCGCUCUGGACGGCGCUCUACGACUACGAGGCGAGCGGCGAGGACGAGCUGAGCCUGCGGCGCGGCGACGUGGUGGAGGUGCUGUCGCAGGACGCCGCCGUCUCCGGCGACGACGGCUGGUGGGCGGGCAAGAUCCGCCAGCGCCUCGGCAUCUUCCCCGCCAACUACGUGACCCGCCAGCCGCGCGGCGCGGCGGGCGGCGGGGACGCGGCGGCGGCCGCGGGCAGCGUGCCCGAGAUCGCCUUCGAGCACCUGGAGCUGCAGGAGAUGAUCGGCGCGGGCGGCUUCGGCCAGGUGUACCGGGCGACGUGGCGCGGGCGCGAGGUGGCCGUGAAGGCGGCGCGCCAGGACCCCGACGAGGACAUCACGGCCACGGCGGAGAGCGUGCGGCGGGAGGCCGCGCUCUUCGCCAUGCUGCGGCACCCCAACAUCAUCGCGCUGCACGGCGUGUGCCUGCGGGAGCCCAACCUCUGCCUCGUCAUGGAGUUCGCCCGCGGCGGCUCCCUCAACCGCGCGCUCGCCGCCGCCGGCGGAGCCGCGCCGGGGCCGAAAGGGAGACUGAAAUUUAGAAUAGGAAACAAUGUUGAGCAGCUGAUAGCUCUGGUGGUCACUGUUGCAGAAGAAAAAACUAUCAGGAAAAUGGCAUAG